GUCUACACACGCUAUGGUAAGUGCUACACCUUCAACGGGGACCGGAGGAACCCACGUGUGACCCGCCAAGGUGGCAUGGGCAAUGGGCUGGAGAUCAUGCUGGACAUCCAGCAGGAAGAGUACCUGCCCAUCUGGAGAGAGACCAAUGAGACAUCGUUUGAAGCUGGCAUCCGGGUUCAGAUCCACAGCCAGGACGAGCCGCCCUAUAUCCAUCAGCUGGGCUUUGGCGUCUCACCAGGUUUCCAGACCUUCGUGUCUUGCCAAGAGCAGCGGCUCACCUACCUGCCGCAGCCGUGGGGGAACUGCCGGGCCAGUGUGCAGGGGGAGCAGAUGCUGCCCGGCUACGACACCUACAGCAUCGCUGCCUGCCGCCUGCAGUGUGAGAAGGAGGCCGUGGUGCGGAGCUGCCACUGCCGCAUGGUCCACAUGCCAGGCAAUGAGUCCAUCUGCUCCCCCAACGUGUACAUCGAGUGCGCUGACCACACGCUGGACGCGGCGGUGGAGGACAGCCAGGAGCGCUGCAGUUGUCCCACACCGUGCAACCUGACGCGCUACGGCAAGGAGAUCUCCAUGGUGCGCAUCCCCAACAAGGGCUCUGCGCGCUACCUUGCCCGCAAGUACAACAAGAACGAGACCUACAUCCGGGAGAACUUCCUGGUGCUGGACAUCUUCUUCGAGGCGCUCAACUACGAAGCCAUUGAGCAGAAGAAAGCCUAUGACCUUGCUGGGCUUCUCGGGGACAUCGGGGGGCAGAUGGGCCUGUUCAUCGGUGCCAGCAUCCUCACCAUCCUGGAGAUCCUGGACUAUGUCUAUGAGGUGAUCCGGGACAGGUUCAGCCGGGUCCUGAGCCGGGACCCACCCCUGAAGAAGCCCUCAGGCAGCAUUGCCACGCUGGGACUGGAGGAGCUCAAGGACCAGAGCCCCUGCCAGACCCUGGGCCGGCAGGUGGAAGGCGCCUACAACACGGGCAUCCUGCCCAACCACCACCACCGCCACUACCCUCACCAGGGCGUCUUCGAGGACUUCGCCUGCUAG